AUGGUGAACAUCGCCAUCCUCAUUACCACAGUCAUCAUCAUCCUUACCGUCAUCAGCAUGACCCUCUUCAUCAUCAGCAUCACCCACAUCAGCACCAUCCUCACCACCUCCCCAUCAUCAGCAUGUUGUCCUCCCUGGAGCUCAGCAUGCGGGAGGAGCACAGUCACAGGGAAGAUCUUUGGUGGCCAGCCAUCAGCAGCAGAACGGUGGCCAUGGCUGGCCAGUGUGGUUGUAAGGAGAAAGCACAUCUGCGGAGCCUCCCUCAUCUCCAACAGCUGGCUGCUCUCUGCUGGAAGCUGCGUACAAAGGUCAGAAAUCACAGCAGACUACCGCAUCUGGCUAGGGUACACUGAACUGGGCAAUCCCACCAACUUCAGCAAGCAGUUGAAAAUCGACGGGUUCUUCACCCCAGAUGAAUACAACAAGGCGCACCCCUUAGCAAGUGACGUCAGCCUGUUACAUCUGGAAGACCCUGUGGAAUUCAACUCUCACAUCCAGCCCAUCUGCCUCCCAGAAAACUCAACAGUGGUGCCCAUAAAUAGCGUCUGCUGGAUAUAUGGCUGGGGGAAGCUCACUCAAACUGAUUCUCUACCCGCGCCCUUCGUGCUGCAGGAGGCCCAGGUCAGGCUCACAGAAAAGAGUUAUUGCAGGAAUCAAUACAUGCCCCCUAUAGGCCUUCCAGCAGACCAGAUGUUGAGUUUUCGGGAAGAUAAUAUAUGUGCCCACGACCCUUCUGUUGAGAAGUCCAUGUGCGCAGGAGACGCUGGAGGCCCAUUAUCCUGCUACUUAAAUGGUGCCUGGUAUGCAGUGGGCGUGACCAGUUGGAGCGGGGACUGCCAAAGUCCAGUCAGUCCCACCGUCUUUGCCAGUACCACCUACCAUGCCAGGUGGAUCAAGGAGGGGCAGAAUUGGGUCAAACCCUCCCCAACACCCAGGCCCACCAAAGAUCCAAAUAAGAAGAAGACGAGGCCCCCUCCCAAGACCACUAAACCUAUUCGUGAUGCGGGUGCAGUGUACAGGCCCAGGGUCUUCCUGGUGCUGCUGUCAUCUGCCACUCUGCUGUUGCUGAUUCUCCUCCAGAGCCAGUGACAGGCUGGCCCCACCUCUCCAAAAGCCUCUGUCCUGAUCCCUGUGCUUGCACUUCUGGCUCCAUCUCAGGGUCUUCCUGCCCAUAAGAGGUCAGUAGAAGUAAACUCACUCAAGAAACUUCU